AUGGUUGGUCAACAAUAUUCAAGUGCACCAUUACGUACUAUUAAGGAGGUCCAGUUUGGUCUGUUUUCUCCUGAGGAAGUUCGCGCUAUCAGUGUUGCCAAAAUUAAAUUCCCAGAAACAAUGGAUGAAACCCAAACUAGAGCAAAAAUCGGUGGUUUGAAUGAUCCAAGACUGGGCUCUAUUGAUCGUAACCUUAAGUGUCAAACCUGUCAAGAAGGUAUGAACGAAUGUCCAGGUCACUUUGGUCAUAUUGACUUAGCAAAACCUGUCUUUCAUGUUGGUUUCAUUACAAAAAUUAAGAAAGUUUGUGAAUGUGUCUGUAUGCACUGUGGUAAGCUAUUACUAGAUGAACACAAUGAACAGAUGCGUCAAGCUUUAAGUAUAAAGGAUUCAAAGAAGAGAUUCAAUGCCAUUUGGAGUAUAUCAAAGACCAAAAUGGUCUGCGAGACUGAUGUUCCAUCUGAUGAUGAUCCAACAAAGCUAGUCCCAAGAGGUGGUUGUGGUAAUAUUCAACCAACUGUCCGUAAGGAUGGUUUAAAGCUUGUUGGUAGUUGGAAGAAGGAAAAAUCUGCUAAUGACAAUGAUGAACCUGAACAAAGAGUGUUAAGUGUCGAAGAAAUUCUAAAUAUAUUUAAGCACAUUUCACCAGAAGAUUCAACCAAAAUGGGUUUCAACGAAGAAUUUUCACGUCCGGAAUGGAUGAUGCUAACUGUUUUACCUGUUCCACCACCACCCGUUCGUCCAUCUAUUUCUUUUAACGAAUCUCAAAGAGGUGAGGAUGAUUUAACUUUCAAACUUGCAGAUAUCCUAAAGGCAAACAUCAGUUUGGAAACCUUAGAACACAAUGGUGCGCCACAUCACGCUAUUGAAGAAGCUGAAAGUUUACUUCAAUUUCAUGUCGCAACAUACAUGGAUAAUGACAUUGCAGGUCAACCACAAGCACUUCAAAAAUCUGGACGUCCAGUUAAAUCUAUUCGUGCUCGUUUAAAGGGUAAGGAAGGUCGUAUCAGAGGUAAUCUAAUGGGUAAGCGUGUUGAUUUCUCUGCUAGAACCGUUAUUUCUGGUGAUCCAAACUUAGAACUGGAUCAAGUUGGUGUUCCAAGAUCGAUCGCCAAGACUCUGACAUACCCUGAAGUAGUCACUCCAUAUAACAUCGAUUACCUAACCAAACUAGUACGUAACGGUCCAAAUGAACAUCCAGGUGCAAAAUAUGUUAUCCGUGAUAAUGGUGACCGUAUCGAUUUGAGAUACAGUAAGAGAGCUGGUGAUAUUCAGUUACAAUACGGGUGGAAAGUUGAACGUCACAUUGUCGACAAUGAUCCAGUUCUUUUCAAUCGUCAACCAUCUUUACACAAAAUGUCUAUGAUGUCACACAAGGUCAAGGUCGUUCCUUAUUCUACAUUUAGAUUAAAUUUGUCAGUUACUUCUCCAUAUAAUGCAGAUUUUGAUGGUGAUGAAAUGAAUUUACACGUUCCACAAUCUGAGGAAACAAGGGCUGAAUUAUCACAACUAUGUGCCGUUCCACUACAGAUUGUUUCUCCACAAUCGAAUAAGCCAUGUAUGGGUAUUGUGCAAGAUACCCUUUGUGGUAUCCGUAUCUUAACAUUAAAAGACACAUUCCUUGAAUUUGAUCACGUAUUGAAUAUGCUAUACUGGGUUCCAGACUGGGAUGGUGUUAUUCCACCUCCUGCGAUUAUCAAACCUAAGCCAUUAUGGACUGGUAAGCAAAUUUUAUCGGCUGCCAUUCCUAAGGGUAUUCACUUACAACGUUUCGACGAAGGUACAACAUUGCUGUCUCCAAAGGACAAUGGUAUGCUGAUUAUUGAUGGUCAAAUAAUUUACGGUGUUGUCGACAAAAAGACUGUUGGUUCAUCAAAUGGUGGUUUAAUCCACGUUGUAACCAGAGAAAAGGGUCCAACUAUCUGUGCAAGAUUAUUUGGUAAUAUUCAAAAAAUCGUUAACUUCUGGCUAUUACACAACGGUUUCUCCACAGGUAUUGGUGAUACAAUUGCUGAUGGUGAAACUAUCAAAGAAAUUACUGAAACAAUUGCCGAAGCUAAAAGAAAGGUCGAGGAAGUUACCAAGGAAGCUCAAGCUAACUUGUUAACUGCUAAGCAUGGUAUGACUAUCAGAGAAUCGUUUGAAGAUAAUGUUGUGCGUUAUUUAAAUGAAGCAAGAGACAGAGCUGGUCGUCUUGCUGAAGUCAAUCUGAAUGACUUAAACUUCGUCAAACAAAUGGUUGUAUCAGGUUCUAAGGGUUCUUUCAUUAAUAUUGCCCAAAUGUCAGCUUGUGUUGGGCAGCAAUCUGUUGAAGGUAAACGUAUCGGUUUUGGUUUCGUUGAUAGAACCCUUCCACAUUUUUCAAAGGAUGAUUAUUCUCCUGAAUCUAAAGGUUUUGUUGAAAACUCAUACUUAAGAGGGUUAACUCCACAGGAAUUUUUCUUCCAUGCCAUGGGUGGUCGUGAAGGUUUAAUUGAUACUGCCGUUAAGACUGCCGAAACUGGUUAUAUCCAACGUCGUUUAGUCAAGGCUCUUGAAGAUAUUAUGGUUCACUAUGAUAGUACAACAAGAAACUCUUUGGGUAACAUUAUCCAAUUUGUUUACGGUGAAGAUGGUAUUGAUGCAUCUCACAUUGAAAAACAAUCUAUAGAUACUAUCGGUGGUUCUGAUGCAGCCUUUGAAAAGAGAUACAGAAUUGAUUUAUUGAACUCCGAGAAUGCUUUGGACGCUUCUUUAUUAGAGUCUGGUUCUGAAAUUGCAGGUGACUUAAAACUUCAAACAUUACUGGAUGAAGAAUACAAACAGUUAGUUGAAGAUAGAGCAUACCUAAGAACAGUCUUCAUUGACGGUGAAUCGAAUUGGCCGUUACCUGUAAAUAUUAGACGUAUUAUUCAAAAUGCACAACAGACUUUCAGAAUUGAUCAUUCAAAACCAUCUGAUCUAACAAUCAGCGAAAUUAUUAACAAGGUCAAGGAGUUGCAAACAAAAUUGCUUGUUUUACGUGGUACUAAUGAUCUGAUUAAAAAUGCUCAGAAAGACGCUAUCACUUUAUUCUGCUGUUUAGUUCGUUCACGUUUGGCUACACGUAGAGUUCUUCAAGAAUACAAAUUAACAGAUGAAGCUUUCCAAUGGGUUAUUAACAAUAUCGAAGCACAGUUCUUGCGUUCUGUUGUUCAUCCUGGUGAGAUGGUUGGUGUUUUAGCCGCCCAAUCUAUCGGUGAACCAGCUACACAAAUGACUUUAAAUACCUUCCAUUUUGCAGGUGUGGCCUCCAAGAAAGUUACAUCCGGUGUUCCUCGUUUAAAGGAAAUUCUGAAUGUUGCCAAGAAUAUGAAGACACCUUCUCUGACUGUUUAUCUAGACAAAGAACAUGCUGCUGACCAAGAAAAGGCUAAGUUUAUCAGAUCUGCUAUUGAACACACUACUUUAAAGAAUGUUACAGUUGCCUCUGAAAUUUACUAUGAUCCUGAUCCACGUACUACUGUUAUCGAGGAUGAUGAAGAAAUUAUUCAACUUCAUUUCUCUUUAAUGGAUGAAGAAACAGAAGCAUCUCUAGACCAACAAUCACCUUGGUUAUUGCGUUUAGAAUUAGAUCGUGCAGCUAUGAACGAUAAAGAUUUAACGAUGGCUCAAGUAGGUGAGAGAAUUAAAGAAACAUUUAGAAAUGAUCUGUUCGUUAUAUGGUCCGAAGAUAAUGCUGAAAAAUUGAUAAUACGUUGUCGUGUUGUUCGUCCAAAAUCUUUGGAUGCCGAAACUGAAGCUGAAGAAGAUCAUAUGUUAAAGAAAAUUGAAAACACGAUGUUACAAAACAUUACUCUUCGUGGUGUUGAAAAUAUCGAGCGUGUUGUUAUGAUGAAAUACGAUCGUAAAAUGCCAAGUGAAACAGGUGAAUACCAAAAGGUUCCUGAAUGGGUCUUGGAAACAGAUGGUGUCAACUUAUCUGAGGUUAUGACUGUGCCUGGUAUCGAUGCUACCAGAAUUUACACAAACUCCUUCAUUGAUAUAAUGGAAGUCCUUGGUAUUGAAGCCGGUCGUGCCGCCUUAUAUAGAGAAGUUUACAAUGUUAUUGCUUCUGAUGGUUCUUACGUUAACUACCGUCAUAUGGCUUUAUUGGUCGACGUAAUGACUACCCAAGGUGGUCUAACAUCUAUUACUCGUCACGGUUUCAAUAGAACAAACACUGGUGCAUUGAUGAGAUGUUCUUUCGAAGAAACUGUAGAAAUCUUGUUCGAGGCUGGUGCAUCUGCUGAACUCGAUGACUGUCGUGGUGUUUCUGAGAACGUGUUGUUAGGUCAAAUGGCUCCUAUUGGUACCGGUGCUUUCGACGUCAUGAUUGAUGAAGAAUCUUUAGUUAAAUACAUGCCAGAACAGAAAGCCAGUGAAUUAGAAGCCGGCGAAGAAGGGGGCGCUACUCCAUACGCUAACGGCAGCGGUUUGGCUAACGCAGAAAUUGAUGUUAAGGAUGAAUUGAUGUUUUCUCCAUUGGUCGAUGCAGGUUCAUCCGAUGCGAUGGCAGGCGGGUUCACAGCUUAUGGUGGUGCUGAUUAUGGUAAUGCUACAUCUCCAUUCAGUGCAUAUGGUAAUACUCCUACUUCUCCUGGAUUUGGUGGCGUUUCCUCUCCUGGAUUUUCACCAACCUCCCCAGGUUACUCACCAACGUCUCCAUCAUAUUCUCCUACAUCACCAUCUUAUUCACCAACCUCUCCUUCCUAUUCCCCUACUUCUCCUUCCUAUUCACCAACUUCUCCUUCCUAUUCACCAACUUCUCCGUCUUAUUCACCAACUUCUCCUUCUUAUUCACCAACUUCUCCUUCAUACUCACCAACUUCCCCAAGUUACAGUCCUACAUCCCCAUCGUACUCACCAACUUCUCCAAGUUACAGUCCAACAUCACCAUCAUACUCUCCUACUUCACCAUCUUACUCACCAACUUCUCCUUCUUACUCGCCAACUUCACCAUCUUACUCACCAACCUCUCCUUCAUAUUCACCAACUUCUCCAAGUUACAGCCCAACUUCUCCUUCAUAUUCACCAACUUCACCAAGCUAUAGCCCAACUUCUCCAAGUUACAGUCCAAAUAAUGGUUCUUAUUCACCAGGUUCUCCAAGCUAUGGCCAACAAUCUUCAACCUACUCUCCAAAGGAUGAGGAUGACGAAAAGAAGGAUUUUAAGAAAGAGGAAGGAAAUUAG